AGUAUGGUUUAUUAUGGUUUUCCACGUUUCAGUUUACAUUUGAAUAUCUGUAAAAGGUUUUGCUACUGGUCGGUAGGUGGCGACAGAGUGCUGCAAAAACCGGAAAUACACCGAUUUCACCGUCGAGCGAAUAACAAUAAUAACAAUGGCGGCGCGCAUAGAGCGGAGGAGUCAGAGGAGAUUUGAGAGCUGAACGGUGAAGUUAAAGAGUCUUGAAUGCAGAGCAACAGGACGGUGGUGGAGGUGGUCCGUCUGGGCCUGGUCUCCUACCAGGAGGCUCUGCAGCUGCAGCAGGUCUAUGUGAACCGGCACCGGUCCAGAACAGCUCACGCUCUGCUGCUUUGUCAGCACCCACCAGUCUACACCACCGGGAUCCGCCAUAAACCUUACCCCGCUGCCCUGCUGGACCGCCUCCGCCUGCUGGGGGCCGAUGUCCACCGCACCAACCGAGGAGGACUCAUCACCUUCCAUGGCCCGGGACAGCUGGUCUGCUACCCAGUCCUCAACCUGACCAGUUUUAAGAAGAGCGUUCGCUGGUAUGUCUGCGAACUGGAGAAGACCAUCAUCUCUGUCUGCAGCAGAUUUGGUAUUGAAGCGUCAACAUCCCCUCACACUGGAGUUUGGGUUGGAGACAACAAGAUCUGUGCCAUCGGAAUCCACUGUGGUCGAUACGUCACAUCUCACGGCUUCGCUCUGAACUGUAACACCGACAUGUCGUGGUUCAGCCACAUUGUACCGUGUGGUAUCGAAGGUAAAGGAGUGACGUCACUGAGUGCUGAGCUGCAGAGAGACGUUAGCGUGGAGGAUACCGUACCUCACCUGCUGGACGCCUUCAGAGACCAGUUCAGCUGUCAGCUGAUAGAUGGACAAACACCUGAAACUGACCAGGACAGCGGAGUGUCAUCAGUGUAAAAACUGACUUUAUACAUGACAUGUUCUGUGUGAACACUUUAUCAGUGUUAUUCAUCUCUGUCCAGAAGAGCAAGAGGUCCAAGAUGUUAAUCCAAAAAGUCUGAUUUAUAUGUUUUGUCUUCUUGACUAAAAAUGACCUUAAAUCCCUUACAAACGUAUCCAGUAUCAUUGAAAGUAGCUCUGUAUUUGUAUCCUGAAAUUACCUUAAAAGUUUCAGAUUCAG